AUGUACUUCUCAGGAGAAGAGAGUGAAAGUAUCACUUAUGAUGACCCCGAGAAUCGAUGUGUCAGAAUAAUGCCAUCAUUAUACGCUAUGGUGCAAAAUGACAAUCAACAAAACACAAGGGUCUUUUUGGAUACUCAUUUAUUAAGGAUACGAGAUGAUGAAGAUGAGCAAAAGAGCUUUUCAGAGAGAAUUGUGCCCAAAAGUGACGCAUCUAUUUCAGUAGGGGCCAUGCCCCUCAUGCCUCUUGUUGUUUAUGUCACUAAUGCAUUGAUGACGUCUGAAUUUGAAGAGAUGAGUAGUGAUGAAUUCAAAGAGAGCUACCUUGCUCCAUUUGAUGAUGCACUUAAAGAUACGAACAUUAGUGACGACUUCUUAUCCAAGAAAUAUAAAUAUCCAUUUGGGGAUGCUAGUCAUGUGGAAGAUGAUAUCCAAGAGUACUUUAAUGAAAUAGCAAUCCCGAUCAGGGGACUUUAUCGUGAUGUUGGUGAUAUGGACAACUAUUUUGGCAAACCAUCGAUGAUUCGGUCACCUUUGGAUAGAAGAAGAAUAGUGAAACCAGAUAUAGUCCAUAUUUUGAAAAAGGGGUCGUUUCUAAAUUUGCAAACCCCCGAUCUUUGUUUUGCUAUAGGGGAUUACAAAAAAGGAACCUACAAUUUGGUACAAGGAUUUGAAGAAUUAAGAGCAGCUAUAAACGAUCUCAAACAAAAUUUAUUAAAUAAGAAGCGGUUGAGAUCACUGAAAGGUCGAUCGUUAUUUGCUGAUAGGGAGUGGUCUCCUGGGGUUUUAUUUGCUUUGGUUUUACGGAAAUAUCUCUAUCAAGCAUUCUUAUGUGGUACUGAUAGGAUUUUUAUCUCAGAUCACCAAACAUUCUCUGGUUUUUUUAAAUAUAGAAUUUUGGAUGAAAAAAUGACUAUAUACUACUAUAUUAUUAAUAAUUCCGAGACUGUUGCACAUGGUAUUACUUUGAGAUCUGCAAUAGUGGGGUUUUUUUAUGAAAAUGUGACUGAUGCAUACAAUACAAAGAGUAAGUUACUAAGUCAAUUUGAAGUAGCGUGCAAAACGGAAGGACCGGAUCCAUUUAAGAAUGUGUUACCAAGGCAGACUAGUGAACCUUCGCGAGGAUUAUCUAUGCAGAUUAGUAGACUUUCGGGAACUUUGCCUGGUAAUGAAUUUGCAGAAGAUUUGGACCUAAUCAGUGAAAAUCCUGAUAGUGAUGACACUGAUGAAAUUCAUGGUAACACGCAUUGUCGAGUCAUAUAUGAUGCAUCAAAACGUUAUCCUGAUUUAAAACUUCCAUACACGGUGUUUGUCAAAUUAUACUAUUAUUCUAGCCGGCUAUGGGAAGAGAAUGAUUUAACAUGCUUCAGCAUUCCUGAUAAAAAGGGUUAUUAUGGCAUGUUCUUCAAUGAGCUUGUAAUUAAUGAAAAAAUUGCGAAAUCACAAUUUGCAUCCAAGUUUCCGAAGCUACUUGUUUCUGGUUAUUGGAAUGGUCUUCCCGAUCAUCCGAUGCAUAUAUUUGAGUAUCUAGGGAAAGAAAUGCCGAUAGACGAAUGGAAUAUGGAUAGUGUCUAUGAAGUUAUCAAAUCAAGACUUAUCGAGCUCCAUCUGUUAGGAAUUUCGCAUAAUGAUGUUAGGCUGGCCAACAUUCAUGUAUCGGUUUCUGGCAAAAUUUCUUUAAUAGACUUUGGCCUAUCCGAUUGCUCCAAUAACGAAGAAUAUAAGAAAAAUGACUUUAAAUCUCUUCACGAAAUAUUUAGGGAACAUAGUUCUAAUGAGAAAGAUAAUCAAAUCAACCGUUCUAUUCAAGAAAGGGAAUGCGUGCAUUUUGAUAACGCUGGUAAAGAUGGCAAAUAUGAAAGUGAUAUCACUUCUUCUUCCGAAGUUUUUGACGAGGGGAGCUUAGAAUCACUAGGCACAAGAACAACAAAGGAAGAUAUUACUUCAAACAAAUCGCAUAGGUAA